AAAUCAUUUCUCCGCAAUAUCAUUUGAAUGAACGGAUGACAAAUAAUUUCCGACGACCAUCACAAUGUUCAAGACAAUCGUUCUUGAUCAUUUCACGAAAUGCCAUCCGUAUCGUCUAUUCCAUUAUUUUGAUCAUUACUACCGGAAUCUAUUUUUUGCAACGAUUUCGAGAUUUAAUUUCACCCAAUCCUGAUGAGAUUUGUUAUCGUUUACCAGUGCGAUCGGAAUUGGUUCCAUCUAUUCUUGCCAACCAUGCAAUGAAAAUUAUUAUGAUCCAGUGGUCUACCGAUGUACGGAUUGUAUCGCCAAAACCUUAUUGCAAUCCGUGUCAAUUUUUCAUCAUUGGUAGACAGGAAAAUGUUCGAAUCGCUAUGAAUUUUAAUGAAUUAACAACAAUAUCCGAUCUGCAAGCACAAUCAAUUUAUUCAAUACGUGCACAAGCAUUUACAACACGUGGUGCUGGUCCAUUAUCACCACCAGUACAAGUAAAAACUCUACAAAAAAAUGUAUACGUGAGAAAAGAUAAUUCUAUCGUUCGAAUGUACAUUGAUCUUGAUAAAGUUAUCUGGAAUCAAAAUAUUGCUCCUCCAGAUAUAUUUCAUGAUAUCUUUG